UGUUAAAAUGCGGUCACACUAAUAUGCACAAUUUCGAUACCAUCGCGAUACGUAAAUUUUAUUGAUUCGCGAACAAAAUUAUUAGGUAAAUUAAUACCAACACGUGCUUCCCGCCUGUGUGGUGGUCUACACAUUAUCCUGCCGGCUACCUGGCAGACGGCACCUGUCCGUCAAAGUGACCCGGAACAUAGACACCCUCCCUCACAUCUAACAACAGCCCCACCUCGGAUCUGCUCCGAAAAAAGGAGCUAAGCAAAAAUGGUGGACGCCGCCAGGCAAAUGCUCGACGAGCUGAUGGGCCGCAACCGUAACCUGCAUCCCUCGGAGGCGGGCCACAAAGUCAACUGGGAGGACCCCGAGUUCUGUCAGUUCUAUAAUGUUCGAUUCUGCCCGCAUGAUCUGUUCAUAAACACCCGCGCCGAUCUCGGUCCCUGCUCCCGCAUCCACGACGACGAGGCCAGGCAUCUGUACGAGGAGGCGCGACCGUCGGCGCGGAAACGCCAAUAUGAGGACGAAUUCCUGCGCUUCUGCAAUGUAAUGCUACACGAUGUCGACCGAAAGAUACAGAAGGGCAAGCAGCGACUCCAGUUAAUGCAGCGGGAUCAGCCGGCUGUGGCGCCGCUUAGCAGGCAGGCGGAACAGUUGGCCAAUUUGAAUGGGAGAAUCAAUAAGCUGCUGGCCGAAGCCGAGGAAGCGGGCAUCCGUGGGGAUGUGGAUCAGGCCCAGGAUUUAAUGACCCUGUGCGAGGAGCUCAAGGAGGAGAAGGAGAAGCUGACAAUACAAUACGAAGCUGCCCAAAGGGCCAUCAAUAGCCUUAAUCUUUAUCCGGAGGAGGAAACUUCCGGCACAAAUCCCAGUUCAAACGAAGCUCCCGCCAUCCAGGAUGCUGCUGAGGAAGCUACUGCCUCCCCGCCACCUAUCGAGACAUCACCACCACCACCAUUAGCACCAUCCGCCUCGGAGAAUGCCCCCGAUGGCGAGGUAGCUGGUGCAGUGGAACCAACAACAACUACACCGGUGGGCGAGGCGGUGAAAACUGAAAAGACCUGGGGCCACGAAUCCCUGCCCGAGAAACAGAUGAAAGUCUGCGAAAUAUGCGGUGCUUUUCUGAUAGUCGGCGAUGCCCAGCAGAGGAUCGAGGAUCAUUUGAUGGGGAAACAGCAUUUGGGUUACUCCAAGCUGCGGACUGCUGUCGCCGAGAUAAACGAUGCCCGACAAAAAGAGCGGGAACAGGAGGAUCGGUCGCGAAGGCGGGACGGUCGGGUCCAGCGCUUCCAUUCUUCUUCCUACGAAGGCAGACGUGAACCCCGCAGCGAGUAUCGAGAACGUAGUCGCGAUUAUGUCCAGAAUCGCCAGCCCUCGGAUCGGCGUCACCAUCACCACAAGUCGCAUCAUAGCGGUUCGCAUCACUCGUAUUCGCGCAGUGGAGGCAGCAAUGGCGGUGGCGGUGGAACUGGCGGCGGGAAUCGGAGUAGUCGGCAUCACAACCAUCACAACCGACACGAUAGUCGCGAACGGCAUGGCCGCAGUCGGAGUCGCAGCCGCUACUAAGAGACCAAAUAUAGUAACACUAACUAACCAAGAAAUAUGAAAGAAAGAAAACGAAAGAAAGAAAAGAAAGAAAAGAAAAGAAAAACAAUUCUGCAAUAUUAAGAAGAAAGUUGAGAGUCCGAUUCGAAGCUCAGGAGCAAAUCUAACAACAACAACACCAACAACAUAAAUCGCAAUUUUCCAUUUUUCCGCUAACGCAGGCGGAAAAUAAUCGAGGUACCAAAAAAAAAAAAUAAUAAUAAAAAUCAU